AUGGGCAACUGCUUUGGCAAGCCCAGCUCCAGCUCGGGCGACAACAACUCUGGUGGUGCGCGUCCCAUCAACAGCAACAACAACCAGACCACGUCGGCGUCCACCUCUGCUCCUCAGAAGAAGAAACCUCAGACGACCGGGAAGGGUCGGACGCUGGGCGACGCCGCCAGUGGUUCGUCUGCAGUCCCACCACCAGCAGCUGCGGAUGCAGCACGACAGGCCGCGCUGGACCGCCAUUCAGAAAACAACAAAAAGACGGGAGGGAAAAUAGGGUCCAGCCUGCAGGCGCAAAAGAAGAUGACGGACAGGCAGGUGCUGAGCCAGGCAGCAGAGGAAAGUCGGCGGCAGAGAGAACUCGACGACCAGGCACGGGCGUUGCGGAAUGAUUAG